CUCCUGUCUAAUGAGUGAUGGGGUUGGGAGGCGUGCUGAACUGAGGCGGAGGGUUUGCUUCUCAUGGCGGUGGAAUCAAUAGCAUCUGCAGACUGGAAUACUGUUCCCACAUUACUGCCUCAUUGCCAACACUUCAGCCACGGAUUACACACAGAUCGUUUGUGCAUUCGUACACUCCCUUACUUUCUUUCUCCAUCUCCCACGUUCUGUCUCCCUACUAUCUCUCUCUUCCCUCUCUCAUGCGCUCUCUCUCUCUCUCUAGCCAACCCACACCCAGUGAUUCUGUAUCUUGUUUUUUUGUGUGUGACGGUAGGAGGGAUGCUGCUGUGAAUUCUUUUUUUAAUGUGUUUUAGACACAUUUUUUUCUGUACCACAGGACGUGUGCUUUCUUGAAUUUUUUGGGGGUAAUUUUUUUGGGGGAAACCUUGUGGAAAAGAGCUUACUCACAAUGUUGGGCUUGGAUGUUUGUGAAUUUGGUGGACAGUUUCUUGAACUGCUCUGGUUAACAGUUUGCUAUAGAGGCAUAAUGGCUGAUAAAGAUAAAGAUGUGCCAGUGGUUGAGGAUGAAGAUGAGCCAGAUCUGAACUACCAGCCUCCGGCUCAGAAGAGCCUGCAGGAGAUCCAGGAACUGGACAAGGAUGAUGAAAGCCUGAACAAGUACAAGCAAACCCUCCUGGGUUCUGGACCUGUGGUGGCAGAUCCCAGCAUUCCUAAUGUUCAAGUGACCAGACUCACUCUGAUGUGUGACCAGGCCCCUGGACCCAUCACCAUGGACCUGACAGUGGACAAGGCAGUGUACAUGGUAGGAAGCUACGGUCCGAGAGCCGAGGAGCAUGAGUUUAUCACCCCGGUGGAGGAGGCUCCGAAGGGCAUGAUCGUUCGGGGAACCUACCACAUCAAAUCCUACUUCACAGACGACGACAAGACAGACCAUCUGUCGUGGGAGUGGAACCUGCAAAUCAAAAAAGACUGGGACAGUGCAGAGUAAAGAGGUUCUUCCUCUGUCUCUCUCUCCCAGAUGCAUAGCAACAUACCCAAUUUAUCACAGAUGUUUAAAACAGAGACAUAGGCUAGGUAGAUAUGCAGCUGGAGCUGGCUUUGCAAGUGAUUAAAUAACAAUUAGUCGUAUAAAAAAAAACAUGAAAAAAUGAUGAAGAUAUUCCUACAUAUUAGGUGUAAUCAACGGUUGAGGACAUACAGUGACUGGCAGGGUAUUAGAGGCAACUUAGUACUUUGUAAUAGAUAUAACAACGGCGUAACCAACUAAUGAAGUCCCUUAUGCCUGUACACUCAGGUUUUAGUGUAUACUGUAAAUGUAAAUAUUGCAAUGUCUGUAUUCUUGCAUUGCAUUUAGAGUUCUUUACAGAGCCCAUGACCAGACCAGUGCAUGCUUGAAUGUGAAGCCAUCGUGUCUGCAAUGGCUAAUUUCUUGUAAUAUUGAUGAUGUAAUCAGCCUGCUGUUACCUGAUAAAUACAUGUGUAGGACGUGGUUUGUACUAAGUGUUGUUUGUCAAAAAAAGGUAUUUCUGAGCAUUAAACCCCUGUAGAAAAGAUCAACUUAAACCAGUAUGAAGUUGUCUGGCUGUUCACCAGCAAACAAUUCUGGUUCCCUUUUCUUGCUGGUUAGUCCUGCUGGAACAUCAGCUUCUAAAAUGCAACAUUUGCUGGUGAUAUCGCUGGUCUUUUCAGCUGGAAACAUUCAGUGGAGCCCAUAAUCAAACACCCUCUUCAUUCCCUGAAACAGUUUAAGAUCUGUUUAUCUCUGUCCAGGUGUCUGUAACUGUCUUCCAUCUAGCUUUUAUAUUAGAUUGUCUCCGAUUAUGAUUUUUUUUGACAUUCCAAAAUAAAUACAUUUAUUGUUUAUAUGCCUGCUGAUACUGUUACCUGACACUUCCAUCUCCAUCGCUGAUUUUAUUAUCUGACACAAGAAUAUCUUGAUUUCUCUUGAAUAAUUCCCUACUACACUAUCAUAUUCAAAAAUAUUAGAUAAUAUUGGAGAAUAUUCAAAAUACUCUGUGGAAAUGAUUGGGUUUUACUGUUUCUACAGAAUAAAAUUUCUUUAAAAAAGUUAAUAAAUGCCACGGGAAAUGUCUAACUGGCAUGCGCAUUAUGUAAUGCCUUUAUGAGAGACAAAUGCUGAAUCAUUAACUGAGCUAGUCAGAAAGACAUAAAUAUGAGAAAGCACGCAAAAGAUUAGCUGAAAGCUUUUUUUGUGAAUUGUCAUUUUUGAUAACUGAUUCCAUAUUCAAAAUAUAAGAUGUAUUUGAU